AUGAUUAACAAAGAUGCCAUGGAUGCACAUCCCCCUCCAACACCCCUCACUCGCUUGCAAUCCAACACGGCCCACAUGCUUGAGGAGUUGCGCGCCAUGCGUCUACAGCAGCAGCAGCAUCAUAUAAGCAUACCCGAUUUAGAUUCCGUGUCCGACACGGCCCCAGCCGACCGGCGUUUCGCUGCGCCCCCCAAGAAAUACAUUGAAGAUGCCAUCGCCGCCGCGCAUACGCUCCUGCAGCGUCAAGCCCAUGACCAGCACCGUGACCAGCCUCGCCUUAGCCCUGCCACUGGCCCUGCCACCAGCAUGAGUCCUCCCACUCAGCUUAGUUUGACCCGCAGCCAACCAAGCCUGACAAUCCACAGCUCUCUGCGACUUGAUGAUCCAGGUGCCCCAGCACGCUUCGCCGAACACACGCCCGGGCCAUCGCAAUCUCUCGGCAUCUUCGACCGGUCACAUGAAAAUGGAGCUGCUCGACUCGCACAAUCCGCCCCAUCAGCAAUUGACCCGUCCGCCGGCUCGUUGACCAGCCUUAUACAGGUUUACGACCGGCAGCGACAACAGCACAUCUCCCUCCUUCAGGACAUUGUUGUUGAGCUACUCUCGACCCAACCUGAUCAAGCUGACCUUCAAAAAGCCCUUCGUCUCAGCCAUCGCAUGAAUGCCGAAUACCGCGCCGAAAUCGAUCGCCUCCACCAUCGGCAGGCCCUUGAUCUGCCCCGGAUCCAGGGCUCGCUGCGCCACUUAGACAACUUGCGGCAACGCCUAGAGGUCUUUCGGGACAGCAGUCCCGGGCCAAGCGACCAUGUUCUUCGCCAGGCGCUUCAAGAGCAGCAAUCCCGGGUCCAUCAACUGGAACAUGACUUGGCGGACCAAGCAGCGUCCCUGCGCCGGUACGAAGAAGACUUGGAGCAGUCUCGUGACUUGGCACGUACUGAGCAAAGUCGUAGGUCAACGCUGCAGCGUGAGCUGACGGAACAACAAGCCGCCUGGCACGCUGAGCGAGACGUGUGGUCCCAAGAGCGCAAAAGGCUCACCGCACAAAUUGAUCAAAUGCAAGGCCAGCUGACAGCGCUAGCUGCGCAAGAGCAAGCAGCCCUAACCCGCGUCUCGGCUGCCGAACAAGCUGCCGAGGCACAGGCUGCGAUAGCGGCGCAGACCGAGGCCCGCUGGGCUAAGCAACACAAUCAGGAACUGGAGGAGCUACGCGCCACAGUCGCAUCCAGGGAUGAAGAGCUGCGUGAGCUUCGCGCGCAGCAAUCGCAAUCGUCCGUGAAUGCCCAAACCGCCCAAGAACGGCUACACCAACAAUUGCAGCAAAUGGAGGAGCGGUUGGGCCAUCAGGCUACUGCACAAAACAGUCUGGAAGCGCAAGCUCAACGCUAUCGCCGUUUGUACGAAAGUCGCACCAAGGAGAUUGAGGAGUUGACGCGCAAGCAAACCGAGCGACAUGAGGCUCAGCAGCAACUUCUCAACGACAAAGCCGCCCUGAUUGAUCAGCUCAAACAGGAGCUGCACGAGGUGCGCAUGCACUCGAUUCCUCAUGAAGCACCCAAAGAGGCACCACAGGCAGACUUUCUAGCCCUGCAAGCACGCUGUGACAAGUUUGCGGCAGAAAAUGAGCGCUUGUUGGCAGAACACGAACGCCUGUGCACCCAACACGAAGCUGAUGUGGAGAAACUACAUCGCUGGGCCAUCGAGCGCGAGGAACUCGACAGUACUUGCAGUAGCCUGCGUGCUGAAAUCAGUAAGUGGCGCCAGCGAUCCUCCAGCGCGGAAGCAGAACAACAGCAACUUCGGAACCAGUUGCAAGAACGGAUCGAUGAACUCGAGGCGCAAGCUUUCAAGACGUCUUCGGCAGCAGCUGCGCCAUCCCCACACAACCGAGUGCCGGACCAAACGGACCGAACGUCGAUGACGGACACGUUAUCCCAACAAGAAGCGCAGUUGGCGGAGCAGCGAGCGUAUCUGGACGUCGAGCGACGUGAGCUGGCGCAGCAACGUGACCAGCUUGCCAUGCGUUUGCAGGAACUGACACAGCUGCAAAGCAACUUCAAGGCCCGGGAUGGACAGCUCCGCCACGACCGUGAUGGACUGGAGCGGGAUCGCCAAGAAUGGACCCUAGCGCAGCAACAGCAACGUCGAGCGCUGCAAGAACAAGAGCAACGGUUACGCGAGCAGGAACAACAACUUCGAGAGCAAGAGCAACGGUUACGCGAGCAGGAACAACAACUUCGAGAGCAAGAGCAACGGUUUCAGCUGGAACAACAACAACAACAACAACAACAACAACAACAACAGUUGUUGUCGUCGCAACCUUUGCCACAGUCGGCUUCUUCCCAAGAGCCAUCGGCUGCCUCUGGGGUGUCUGAACAGCACACAGAUGGCGUGAACCUGUCCGAGCCAGACUGGCGUGAGGCUUGUCUGGCAUUAGAAGCAGAAAAUCAGCGCUUGGUGGCUCGGAUGGAGGAGCUCAACGAGGUGCACAACCGAUUACAACAAGAGGUGCAGGAGGCACGUGACCAGCUAGAGGAGGCAAAGACGACCCACCAGGCCAAGGUGACGGCACUUACACAGGCCUCUCGACAGCAAUCACGUCGUGCGUCGGACCAGCAAAAGCAAUUGGACAAGCUGCGAAACAGCUGUGACUUGCUGAGUGAACAAAACCAAAGUCUACUAGAACGGCUGGAUCUGGUGGCUCAAACCUCGGUUGGGAGCGAAACGAGCUACUCGAUUCCCGAGGUCGAGGAGAUGUCGGCGCGAGAGGAGGAGCUGCAGCAAGCCCUUCGCACUGAGCGUGAACGGAACAUGGAGCUUCUGGCUCGCCUCGAGCAGGUCACGACCCAUGCAAGUGCCGGUGAGAGCUCCGACCUCGACAUGACUCAACCAGAAGCAACUGCCUCUGCUGACCACGCUACGCAUGAUGUGGGCUGUGGUCCACGAUUGCACAACCGCGCCUCGGACCGGCGAUGGAAAAGCAAAUAUCAGCAGGGCUUUCACAUUGCAGCUGUCAUCGCACUCCGCGGGCAGCGCUGGCGAGAGCGCGCUCAAAGUCUUCAGCAAGAGCUGCAAGUUGUGAAGAUGACGUUGAGCAACCAAUGUGAGCUGUACCAACAGGCCACUGAUAUGGUCAACCGCGCCGAAGCAGCGCUGGAAGCAUCGGAGCGCGGCCGGGAUCGGGACCACGGCAAUGAGCCGACCAGCAUGCGACCCAACCCCUUUGCCCAUGUACCUACGGAUGCAGUGUUGCCCACGCCGAGCGUGGAAGAACCGAUGAAGCUCCAAGAGCUGCAUGCGCCAGCGCAGGCGGCCCAGCCCGAGCGGGCGAGCCGUCGUGAAACGCUGUUUCCUGUGGCGCCAUCCAGGUCCACACCAGAGCCGCAUUUGCUCGAUGGUCCAUCUGAUGGCGCUUUGACUCGGGCCGCUAUUCCCGAUGCUCGCGCUCAGACAACUGAGCCGCUUGCCUCGCCGGAACCCCGCUUGAGCUCCCCUCAACCUUUGGUCUUUCGGGAGACCCGAAACAUGGCAACCCCUCCUAUGGAAGCAGAACCAGAAGGCUCGCUGCUCAAGUUGAAUGGACGUUUUAGCCCGCAGGUAGAUGAGGGACCGCUGAUUGAAGCGGCAAGUCCGAGCAGCCUGAGCCCCAGUCUGCGGGCGCCAGUCUCCCUCAACAGCUUGUCCGAGGAAGAAAUUCGCAUGCAGCUUGAUGCGCUGACAGAGACCUUGAAGCAGCAGGAGUUGACAGAUGACCUGCGGAGUAUGUUGGUUCACAAGGUCGUGGCGCUACGGCAUCAGCUUUUGGAACUGACGGAUCAUACUACGUUGAGCUUUGAUCACACCGAGGAGACAAAACCAGACGACCACCUGCGGUGGAUCGCUGAUGCCCAGGAAUUCCCUCAUUCUUUUUUCUCCGCGCACACAAAAGUGAGUGUUUUUUUUCGAAUCUCUCUCUUCUCUCUCUCUCUCUUCUCUCUCUUCUCUCUUUUCUCUCUCUUUCUCUCUCUCUCUCUCUCUCUCUCUCUCUCUCUCUCUCUCUCUCUCUCUCUCUCUCUUUUUCAAAUCACUUCUUCUCUCUCUUCUUUCAGUUUUUUUUUUUUUUUUCUGAGCCGCGACAUUGCAUUUGGCUCGAACCGGCUUGAUGAGCCAAAAGCAGCAAAAACACAAUGUUCUCCCUCCCUCCCUAGCGAGGAGCAAAAAGAUAAAGUGGGCGCGGACGGAUUUUCGUUCCGCGGAUUCGCUGUCUGGUCCGGAAUCAUUGAGCGCUCCCUGUUGGUACCCGCCGACAAGGCCGAGUGCACCUUUACAUUGGGGCUUCUGGACGCCGGCCCCUUUGAAGCCAACCCGGAGCUGGUGGCUCGCCGCCUCCUCAACAGCGGCGCAGCUCGUGUCCGUAAAUCCGACAACGCUCGCGUGUCCCAUUAUUGCUUUGCCGCCGACACCCUCUGCGAGGUCAACCUUGACGUCUGCACAACCGCCACCCACACCGAGGAACUCAAGCGCUACGAUGGUUUGCUUGUCCUGAGUCAUGCCGACGACGCCGAUGCCUGCGAUCGCUUGGAUAAAGCUCAGCUAAAAAUCGAAAAAGCGCGCGGAGAAGGCUUUCCUUGCAUCAUUGUGCUCUGCGUCCGUCCGGACAAUGCCCUGGCCACAGAUUCCUGCAAUGCGAACGUGCGGGAACUGCAAAAGGUUGCUCACUUGCACUGUAUGGCCUUUGAGGAAGCCAAGCUUGAUGAGCCAGAGCGUCUUGGACGUGCCUUGGAAAACUUGGUGCUGCUCGCCUACUGGACCGCACGCAACGUGGACAUUGUCACGCCCGACAUUGCUCUCACCCACUAUUGGGAAGAACAUACCAAAGAACAAAACAUCAAACGCAAAGCCAGUCAAGAAAUCGCCAAACUGCCGCUGCCGCCCUCCGUCGUAAAAGAGGGCUGGCUCUAUAAGCUAUGCCGAGGCCAGGGUCGCAUGAAUCGAAAAAACUGGGCUUCUCAGUACUUUACCCUGGAGCGCAACGUUCUGUCCUUUAGCCGAGGCCCGGAUCAACUACGAAACCCCUUGGGCAUGUACAACGUCAAGACCGUUGAGGACAUUCGCCUGGACACCAAAAGCAGCCGCCCCAUCCUGGUUAUGACCAUGCCUGAAGAAGAGAUUUGGCUCUACGCAGAAAGCCCCGUGGAGACGCGACACUGGUACGCCUGCGUGUGCGCUGCCCGGCAACAACAGCGGCGACAGUCUGACGGCACGACCCUGCAAGGCGACGAUUUACUUCCCGAGCGUCGUGAGAUGAACCUGGCCACCGCCGCCGCCGCCGGUGCCACCACAAACGCCCAGCAGGACCCAUUGCUCGAUCAAAACGGCCACCUCAAGCCCAAGUACAAAGCAGCGCUUGAACAUGCCGAAAUCUUCCUCUCCCAGGCCUCGGAAGUGCCGAUCAACGAGACGCUGCAGGACGCGCUCGUGCGCGGCACCCUGUCCGUCAACUACAACUCGCCUUCUCGGGUUGUGCGCUUGUUCUUGGCGGGCGGCUUGCAUGACUUUCGCCAUGAGCGCACCACCUUCCACACCUACGUCGUGCCCUACUUGGUUCUCUUUUGCCGCAACCUCAAUCUGGAAUUUGAGGUUGUAGACCCGGCUUGGGGGCUUGGUAGCAACGAGAUGCAGCUCAUGCCCGACGCUAUCGACCUUGAAGCCUCUCUUGUCCAAGAAUGCCUCGAUACGUCCAUGAGCACAGCCUUUGUGGCUCUCGUUGGCUCGCGUGCCGAGCCUGCGCCCUUGCCCCACGUGAUACCCGAACACGAAUACCGCAUUCUACGUCUGGCCAUCAUGCGCGAGGCCGACGACAAAACCGCUGGUGCCGCUGCCGUUGCCUUUCUGGACCAGUGGUACCUUCGGGAUGAAAACCACCAUCCCGUUACCCAUCGCGUGCUCGUCGACCCCAAAACACGCUUUCCGCUCUUUUCGGGUAGCCGCAAGGAGCGUCAGGCAGCUCUGCGCAGCUGGCAAAGCGCCCAGGCUCGUCUCAGGCAAAUGCUCGUACGAGGCGCUGCACAGCUCCAAUCCGAGCCCAGCUACGCCCGCUACGUCCGAAGUCGUAUCGAUCAGCUCUGUGCCGUUGGGGUUGACCAAAAUGAGUCGCGUGGCAGCCAAGUCACCCUUGUCAACCGUGUAUUCACCGAUCCCAACCCAGAGGAUCGGGCCGCCUCCAUUUUUCUCAUUGCGGCCGACGCCAUUGAGGACGAUCGCAAGCGCGUCGAACGCCUCAAGCGCCGGCUCGUCGAUCUUCUUGAUUCCACCCGCCUGCUGCAGUACCGCCUGGACUGGGCCCCCGGCCACGGCUUCCACAGCAAACAGCACCAGGCCAUCAUUACACAUUCGUUGGAGACCCUGGUCGACAGUCUCUCCUCGGACAUUCUCAAUGCUUGCACCCAAGUUCCCCACGACAACCUCCUCACGGAAAUCAAUGAGCACCGCCAACACUUGCACCGCAUGAUCAAGCAAACUGGUUUCACUCGACCGCACUAUCUCAGCGAAAUCACCACGUACCUGGCUGAUUCUUGGCGCUCCACAACCGCAGAGAAUGAUCAGGGGCGACCCACUGGACCCCUCGUCCUCUACGGGCAAAGCGGUGCCGGCAAGUCUUGGUUGGCAGCUCACGCCAUUCGCGCCAUUCAGGCCGAGAACCCAGACGUGAUUGUGGUACACCGAACACUAGGUCUGACCCAGCCCUCCUGCACUGCCAAGCAGCUCAUGCUCGGCGUCUGUGAGCAGCUCCUGCGGGCCUUUGGCAAGGCAAGUGCAGGACUGACCUACACCCUGGAGGAACUGGCUCAGCAAUAUCAGCGCUUGCUCCACCUGGCUACGGCGGCCACUCCCGUCUGUGUAGUCCUUGACGGACUGGAUCACCUAGACCUCACUGAUGGUGCCAUGUUCAGCGCGACAUGGACCCACUUGGCGGCUGCCCUGCCUGCCCAUGCCCGUGUUCUAUUGACAUCGGCUCCGCAGGGCAUCUCCAUCGGUGCAACGGUUGAUGUGAUGGGCGUGCUCAACCGCACGGCCGCGCCCUUUUGCCGUUUCAUUGAAGUGCGACCGUUGAAUCGGGAAAUGCUCAGUCCGUCUGCGGUCGUUGUCCUAAUGAAGGACGUACAUGGACGCAGCGUCACUGUCGACCAGGCCAAGUCCAUCGUCUGGGCCUUUGAUGCUUGCCCGCAACCCCUGCAUCUCAAGCUCCUCCUCCAGGUCGCUGCCCGCUGGCGGUCCUUCACGCCUUUUGGUGAAGGUCCGGCGUGCCUUGAACACGGGGAGAUGGGCAGUAUCGAUGCCACACUCGAGAUUCUUCUUGCCUGUCUUGAGGACGAACAUGGCGAGCCGAUCGUGGCGCGUGUGCUGUGUGCGUUGGUCACGACCAAGUAUGGCCUAUCAACCCGAGAAAUCUUGCGCUGCCUCGAGCUGGACGAAACUGUUGCCAAAUACUUGGGUGCUCGCGCUCAGGCGACACCAGGUCUCUCAUCGCCCUCGAGCGUGAUCUGGUACCGCCUGCGGCGGGACCUCGAUGCCAUUCUGAUCCGGGCCAUCGAGUUUGGGGUUGAUGUCUACAAGAUUCACCACGGCGCUGUAGUGGAUGCCAUCCUUGCACGCUAUGGUCUGCGCGACGUUUCUGCCCAACUUGAAGCUCAUCGCUUUAUGGCUCUCGUGGCUGAGACUUGCAUGCGCUCGGUCAUUCAAGCCGAGCAAGGCCUCAAUGCACGCGAUUUCAGUGAAGCUGGGCAAGCCCGCCGCCGAGGCUCUGGCCCCAACGCGGAGAGCAAGCGGCCCAUCAAACUGCUCGCCAAGCGCAAAAGUGAAAAGUCUAGCAUUAACAUCCUUGCCAACGUAUCCGGGGGCUCAGCCGCCCUUCAGGCCCUUGCGGCGCGGUUAACGGGUCCCAUUCAGCGGGGCACCCAUGGCAUGCGCCCCAUCGGACCAUCGGAUCACUUCACUUCAGCCGAGGCCCGUGGCGCCCUCAGCUUGUGCCACCACCUGCUCGAAGCUGGUGCAUUGACCCAGGUCCUUGAGUGGCUCAGCGAUGCGACCUUUCUGGCCAUAACCUCGCAGCACAUGAACAUUGACCAGCUGCUGCAAGACUUUCAUCGUGCUGCCUUGGUCAUUCCCCCGGAGCGACUGGCCGUCUUGCACUCUUUUGUGGCCGAGGCAGCUCCCGUCAUGGUCACGCACCGGCACGCCUCACUGGUGCAGCAGGCCUUGGGUAACCACUUUGCCCCACGUGAAAUAGUAGCUGACAUGUUGCAUCUGGCACGCCAGUUGCCCGUACAUCAGCAAAGGUGUCUGUUUGUUGACGUUGCUCCGCCGGCCAUGCAUGAGCUGGACGUGAAUCAGGUGGGCGGAGCCGGCCACGGUUCUCUGAAUAAGCUACUCUUUUCUCCAGACGGUCGCCGUCUUCUUUGCGUGUAUGCGAGCAAGGCCGUCGUGGUGUUUGAUACUGCGAGUGGGCGCGUCGAACAUACACUUACCGGGCACAAGAACAAGAUCUUGGACGGCGUCGUCGCCACCGACGAGCCCGUGCUUUUCACGAGUGCCGGUGAUGGUGUUCUUCGGCGUUGGGACUACGUGGCCGGUAAACUGGACAAGAAGAUUACCAUCCCGGCACGCCACGGGCAGGCAGACCAGCUCUCUGCUUGCCAGGACGCGUCGUGUGUUGCCGUGCGCUACAGCAACGGCACGCUUCAUUUGUGGAGCAUGUCAACCAACGAGUUGCAUGAGCUGCGCGAGCACACGGACGUGGUGAGCUAUUGUGAGUUUGCAUCCAGUGGCCAAACCCUCGCCUCGGCUGGCCGCGAUGGCCUCGUAAUUCUGUGGUCUGCCCGUGCUCUCAAAGCCAUGCGCGUCUUGCGUGGCCACGAUGGCCCCGUGGACAUGUGCAAGUUCCACUCCAGUGGAACGCUACUCCUUUCCACUGGUGAGGACGCCCAGGUCAAGAUUUGGGAAGUUCGCACGGGUCGCUGCCUCCAGACACUGCACAACCGAUCGCAUGACGCAGAGCUGUGCGCUUUUGCACCCGGCUUUGAUUGCAGCCAAAUUGUAGCAGCCUCCCGCGAUGGCAGCGUCCAGCUCUGGACGUUUCUCGAGCAGGUUGAGGGCGAGACAGCGGCGCGGCCGGGUGUCAACCAUCUCUACGAGCGCACCAGCGUUCAUAUGCAGGAGUUGGCUGUCGAGUGUGGUAUGACCCAUGCCGUGAUGAGCUGCGAGUUUGCGACGCCACAUCUCAUCGUGGCAGCUACAGAUACGGCUCUUGCAGUAUGGGAGGCUCGAAAUGGCCGCCGCGUUUUUGCGCUGCCUGGCCAGUGGCCUGUCUGGACCAUCACGCCCAACAACCGCUACCUUCUAGCAGCCAGUGCCGAAGGGCGAUUGCACGUGGUUGAGCUGCGGCCUUUGCUGCAGGGUCUGCGGGACGAUGAUGGCCUGGACCGAGCGCAACGCUUGCGCGGGUCGGACUUUCGCUUGGUUCGGGGGCCAUCGUCUCUGCUAGAGUCCACGCGUGAGGAGGAGGCCAGUGUGUUAAGCUUGGCGUAUAACGAAGCCACCAAGCGUAUCUUGGCCACCUGUGACAAAGGCGCCUUUGGGGAGUACGAGUGCGCAGGUGAACAGCGCCAGCGCUGGGUGUGCAAAAGUGGUCAACCCAGUCACGAGAUGCAUGACCAUCAUGAUACUGUCACGUGUCUGGGCUUUGCCGUCAUGGGACAGCACCUGGCAAGUGGUGGCAACGAUCAUGACGUGUGCGUUUACUCGCUGGGAGGCGCAGGCCGAUUGUAUCGGCGACUGACCGGCCAUCGUGGUCCUGUGGUUGGGGUUGAGUUUGUUCCCCGCCCGCGUUCAGCCAUGUUGCUGAGCGCGGCGCUGGACGGCGUGGUGAAAAUGUGGGAUGCUGCGGCUGGGUUGGAGCUGGUCUCCUUCAUGCCCACCGGGGCGCCGCUUACGGCCAUGAGUGGCCUCUUUACAUCCGAGGAGGAUCGUUUGCAGUUUGUCGUGGGUGAUGUAUAUGGCCGCAUCCGCUGCCUCCGCCAGCUCACGAGCUUUGACAAGUAG